UUUUUAACCAGUGAAGCUGCUGCAAGUUUAGUGUCAUCUGCAUGUAGUCGCUUUUGGGGUUUUUUUUUUGCAUGCAUGUUAUUCAUUUUGGGCUGGAGAUAUAAUUGGAAAAAUUAAUCUGGAUUCCUGGAUUUGUUGGAGAUUGUGAACAGUCAAACAACAAAGAAAUAUGUGAGGAUCAGGUAAGAAAUCAAAAGGUGCCUUGGAUGCCUAUACUCAUCAGUGAUGUUCGCUAAACGUUUGUCAGCUCUGAAACCUGUGUUUAUUCAGGAGGCCCAUGUGACUUAAGUCUCACCUCUGAGGAGUACAAACCUGCUGCAAGCCAAAUGAGUUCAUCUCAGGAUCGCAGCCAAGGAUGUUUACCUCCCAAAAAGAGAGAAUUCCAGGCACUGAAGCAGGACUCCUUCCAGGAGUUCAAGCAACCCUCACCAAAGCAUGUGAGGCCCGAGGCAAAGAAAGCACAGCACAGAGGUCCAAGUCAGGAAGUAACAAUUGGUUCAAUGCACUACAGAAACCCACUUGCUCAAAAGCUUUCCUUUGAGACAAUUCCUGAAGUACCCCAAGUAUUUGCUGGCAUCAAGACAGGAGAUACAGCAGGCCUACGGACUUCACUGAGGAACCAGUAUACUGGGGUUGAUAAUACCUCAUCUACUUUUAUCCACCCUAGACUACCUGUAAAAAAUGUACCGAAACACAGUGGUGGACAACAGCACCUGUAUUCUGUGAGGAGCCAAAAGUUAAAUUAUGAUACAAGAGAACUCUGGUCUUUGCCGCCAACAAAGAAACAUGAAUUCACUGGCCUUCCUUCCUCGGCUGUUUUUCAGCAACCUCAGAAAAUAUCAAACUCAAGUGCUCACAUUCCUUAUAAACAGGAAUACCAGCCAUACGAAGGUGCUAAUGGACAUAAUCGCUUGGGUGACGGAUACACGGUCUUUGCAGGUCGAUCAGUCAGGCCAGCAUCUCAGUACUCUGAGAAGCUGACCUCAGUCUUUAAUGACAGUGCUCAAGGAGAUGUCAGAAAUGGCAAAAGAAAGCCCUUUAGGGAUCUAAGAUCUUUCCCAGACAUUUCUUCCAAACCCAAAAGGGCAGCAGAAGAGACACAACAAUCCUUGCCACAUUCACAAGACCAAGAAUUAUUUAACAAGAUCCAGACCACUGGAUCCUCAGAGAAUGAAAGCACCCCAAGUUCAAAUACAUGUGCAAAUAUGUACUACAGGGUUCCAACAUCAUUGCAAUUCUUUAACAAUUCACUCCCCUCAGUAGCAUAUCCACUCUACAACCCUCCAAUUAUAACUGUUCCCAUGUACAGCCAUCAAGAAAGAUAUGCCCAGACAGUCCGGACAUCAUGCCUAAGCAGUGUUUCUAGUACAGAUCCACUCUCAAGGAUAUACUCUCCCCUCUGUGUCCACCAGGACUUUUCUACAGUGUUUCCAAAUGAUUAUCAAUCUUCAUCUGCUGUAUCAACAUAUAGGCAAUCUACAACCACAUGUUCUCUUUCUAAAACUACUCCAUCUACCACUUCAGCCUCUCAGAAUGUAAAAUCCCUAGACAUCCUACCUCAUUUCACAAAAGGUUCACUCAUAGAAUUAAGCACAGGUCAGCUGAAGAAAGUAGAGGACAUGAGCAUGAGUGAUUUUCUGCAGUGUGCAAAUAUCAGUCCUGAAUUUCAACUCAGCUACUGUAAGGUGCAACGGAUCAGAGAGAGCCAAAACCUGGGUUUUGCUCAGCUACAGGUUGUGCUCGACAAGUCCAGGACUCAGGAACUGCUUGAGGUUCUGCUUGAAUACCCGUUCUUUGUCUGCAACCGGGGAUGGUCUUCAUGCUGUCCAGAAAAAACUACACAGAUCUAUGGCCUUCCUUGCCACCAGCUUACCGUGGGAGACGUCUGCCUUGCACUGACCCCACUGGCCACUCCACACAGCCAUAAAGUUGAUGAAAAGCUGAUCAUACCAUCAAGCCAACCUAGAGAAGAACUACCACAGGAAAAGUCACUGGAUUCUAAUAGUUUGCCAAAUGGCGCAGUACCUACACUGAGAAACGCUCAGACAACGUUUACUUCAAGAACGCGACAUCGGUCUGCUCCAGAUAUUAGCACCAGAUACUCAGAGAUACAGGACCUUUAGAUACAGAACUAAAUGACAAAACCUCAGUGGAAUGAGUUUGGGGAGUGCCACUGGAAAAUCCUUCCAUAUCGGUUACUAAAUUUCAGCAAAACUGGAAUGCAAGUUGCUUCUCAGUCCAAAGGUUAUUGUGAAGACUGUAAAGGAAUGAACAAAAAAGGACCUCUUUAAAAAAAAUACCCAUAUGUACUGUAAAAAUACUCCGUGAAGUAUCUGUAUACUUUCCUUCCUUUGUGCUGUUCUAGUUGUGGUUAAGACAAUAUUACUAUUUUCCUAUUUUUACUGCUUUUGGAAUUCUAUAAAAUGAAAUGGUACAUUGGAAAUUGGCUCAGAUCUACCUGCAGUAAGAAGAUAAAGCAGAAAUCCAUCAGUGAAACGUGAAGCACACAAAAGUGUAUGGUUAAAUGUUCAGUAUUUUGAUGUAAGCGGACCUUCUGCAGAAAUUGAUCAUAGACCCUAACAAGAUCUUGUCUACCCUUCAUUGCCUGUACAAGUUAAGAAGGGCAUUUCUAGCGCCUUUUCCUCUUCAUUAACUGCUUUGAUAAGGAAUUAGCUAAACAUUUUUCAUAUUUGGCCAUUUUGCCAAUAUAUUCAAGAUGAGCAGUCUUAUUAAAGUGUAUCUAUUGCAGGCCAUGUUUUUACUUGCCAUCGAUAAGACCUCAUCAGUCAGUCAUAGAUGAGAGAUUAUUCAUUUUGCUUAACAAUAAAGCAUACUGUAGCUGGUCACUCUAUUAAUCUAUAGAUAACACUGAAGAUCACACUUCCACGUGUUCAUGAAUGUUAAAAAAUACAAGUAUUUCUUUGACAGGUAUACUUUCUAAAAGAAGCCAAGAUAAGAACGAAAGCAGUUUCACUAGAAUUGUCCUGGUUGAAGGAUAACUUCAGUAUUAACACAAAAGAAAUGACCAGCUACUUGAAACUUUAAGGGGAAAAAUGAAAAAUUUCAAAUAUAAACCUAUGUGUACUAUUUUUUUAAAAACUUUAAGCGACAGAAUUUUCAAAAUGUUCUGGAAAAAUAAAUUGCAUUUGGACAGCAUAAAAAUGCACUUAAUGCACAUAUGUAAGAUUAACUCAUUUUGGUAAAAGGCUAGUUGCAAUAUAAUAAUUUUAUUUGGAGCUGUUUUAAGAUUUGAUUUUCUGCUGCCUGCAAAAGGAAUCUAAUUAUGUUCCCUUACAUUGUAUUGUUUAACUAAAAAAAGAAAGAUAUCAUUAAUAAUCAAUCACUUGUUUAAAUAAGCGCAAUAAGCUUUGACAAUCAGACUCUUAUGCAAAAUCUGCUAUCUUCCAAUUCACAUUAAUUUACAGAAAUAACUGUAAUAAUGUUGCAUUUUAACUUAAUGGAUGUUUAGAACUUAUCAAUGUAUUAAUUUCAUAGCAGAAAACUAUAUUGGCACUUUGAUAUACAUUUGCACAAGUAAAAUAUUAUUCCAUAUAGUAUUUUCAACAUAAUGAACUCAUAAUUGUAGAAACUCUACAUACUGUACAAUACUACUGUAUCCUCCCAAAUAUGAAGCACAAUUUUUUUAAACCGAAAUUUGCCAUAUGAAUUUAUUUAUGCAAAGUAUUUUGCUAUAAAAUUAAAAGAUUCUAUUUUCUCAGUAUCUCAGAUUUCACUGCAGGAAUAUAAAGUCUUCAAUGAUUUGGCCAUAAAUACAGUAUGUUAUCCACCUUCGUCUCCUGAAACAAAAACAAAGGUGGCAUGGUAGUGUUGUGUUUUAUCCUGCUCAAGAGACCUUGGUUCGAUUCCCAGCCUUGCCACAUCUUCAGUUGAACCUGCACCUUCAUCCCAAGGAUUUUCCUCCAGCUACCCCAAUUUCGUCAACCCUUCCAUUCCGAUUACAAUAAUUGGUAAACCUGCAGUUUAGGAAAUGUGCCCUGCAGGUAAAUGGGACAAGAAUCAGGCUUGUUUCCGGCCUGGUGAAUGACCGCUGCUAAGAAGGGCUAUGUAACUUUACAGAGGCAAAUAUUUCAACAUUUUAUUGUGCUGUUUCUAUAAAACAUUAAAGUUACAGUAAGCAAAAUGCCACAUUAUCUUAUAUUAAAAUACUUUACAAUAAUUGCUUUGAAUACCAUUGAUCUACAAAAAAGUACAUUAAAACACAAAUUCGAAAUUGUACAUACUAUAGCUUCCAAAAGUAAUCUAUAGCUCUUCUCUUCUGUUUGGGUAACAGCAAAAUUGUAAAUACCCAUUUAAAUCCUGAAUGCUGUAGCGCAUAGUAAAAUGUCAGGAAAAAUAGAAUAAAAAUGUACUAAGAACCGUAAACUGAAUUAUUACUAGACAUUCUCACUGGCUGAAAAUACAGUCAAACUAUUUGGUUCUAAUACCAAAUUCAGCCCAUGAAUUUCUGCUCUUUUAUAACAAAUAUAUAAAGUGACACAUAUCAAGUGUUAUGACUGUUUUCAUUAUAGCAACAAAAUGUUUAACUAUGCAUAGACCUGAGUGUUUAGGAAUGCAAUGUACAGUGUAUAUAUGCAGACAAAAACAGCGAGAGGAGACUAACAAAAGUCUUGAGAACAGCUAUUCAGAUCCAAGCAAACCAAACUGGAAUGUUUGUCAUCAACGGCUUUAAAAUGCCAUAACUGACAUUGCCCACAAUAUCCCAAAUAUGUCGUGACUUCAAUAAAAUACUUCACCAGAUCUCUUUUAGUAAUGAAAAACUCAUCAGGCUUGACAGUCAACAAAAAAAUGUGUCAUGAGAAUAAGAAAAAUAUGAUUAUUUUUCUCCUGCCCUACUUAUUAAUUACAAAGUAGGUAAAUGUCACGGAGUUGCAAAAAUGUAACCAUUUUUGAAACUUACCUGAAAAAUGGAAGUGGUUAGAACAUUCUUGACUAUUACAGUAUUCGCAACUUGUGCACAACUACCGUCUCCUAGUGAGAAAACAUUGAUCAUGUCAUACCACAUUUGCUAUAAUUAGUUAUUAUUCAGAAAGUAUUCCGAAUAAACAAAGAUUUACCAAAAGCACACAUAUACUUUUAGAGGAAACAGAAAUAUGUAACAUUCAUACAUGCAAGGAACUUUUUAGAAUAAAAAGAAAUGUAAAAUACCUGUCACUUUAAAAAUUUCUUAAACUAUUCAGAUCCAUUUUUUAUGGAGUACUGAACUUGACAUAUCUGUAACAAUUUGUAACUGUGGGUCCAACUGCAAUGCAAAGCUCUGAGAUAUAGUGUUUAUUACGUGAGGUGUAUCUGAUGAGGGGAUAAUGUAAAUAUUUUUAGUAUUCAGUUUAAAGAUUGUCUAUUUUUAAACCUGCAAAAAUGACCUGUAAAAGCCUACAAAUAAAAAAUACUUUAUAGAUUUUUUUUUAAAAAAGUGUUCAGUGUUUUUGUUUUAUAAAAACUUGCUAAUAUGCUUUCCAUAUUCCUACAAUAUUUGA